AUGAAGGCAACGUUAGGAGCAUUAACAAAAUACCACCCAAUGAUAAAGUUCAUUGGUGGUCCACAUCCAAUACCCAGAAAUGUGACCUCUACAGUUCAUCCAUGUGCACCUGGAAACUUACUACCAUCCACUGCUUCUGCAACACCUAUUAAUCAAUAUUCAAACUUUGGAAUAUUUCAGUCAAGAAAUAGUCUUUCCAAGAGAUUUAGAUAUCACCAGAUCGACAAUCUUGAAAUAGCAGAUAUUGACAGUGGUGGAGCAGCAAUAUUAAUUCACUGA